CUGCAGCUAACGCCUUAUCGCGACCUCGUGCGUCUCGUUGAGCUUCUCUCAACCAUACAUGCCUAACCGCCAUCGUUCCAGUCACUCUGGCUAGGGCUGGCACUGUGUUUCUUCAGUAGUGCCAUGACCAGGUAGACAACAAACAGCCGAGUCGCCCCAAAGCCACGUCCACGUCCCGCCCCAUCCACCGCCUCCCCCUCGCACCCGCCGGGCCCGCCCACGAUGCGCUCCACCGCUGCCCUGCUUGGUUGCGCCGCCCUGCUGGCCACGGGCGGCCGGGCCAUGCAGCCCGGGGCCGCCAAACCCGUGUCCGCGCCGAUGCGGAAGCUGCAGUGGGGCCAGCUCAACUUCCUGCACACGACCGACACGCACGGCUGGCACGGCGGCCACCUGCAGGAGUCGCAGUACUCGGCCGACUGGGGCGACUACGUCGCCUUCGCCGAGCACAUGCGCGCGCGCGCCGACAAGGAGGGGCACGACCUGCUGCUCGUCGACACGGGCGACCGCGUCGAGGGCAACGGCCUGUACGACGCAUCAACCCCCAAGGGCCGCUACACAUACGACAUCUUCCGCCAGCAGGACGUCGACAUCAUCUGUACCGGCAACCACGAGCUGUACCAGGCCGACGCCGCCGACCGCGAAUGGAACCAGACGGUGCCCAACUUCAAGGGCCGCUACGUCGCCUCCAACCUCGACUACAUCGAGCCCGGGUCCGGCCACCGCAAGCCCAUGGCGCAGCGGUUCCGGCGCUUCAAGACCAAGAACCAAAAGAUCGACGUGCUCGCCAUGGGCUUCCUCUUCGACUUCACCGGGAACGCCAACAACACGGUCGUGCAGCCCGUCGAGGAGACCAUCAAGGAGAAGUGGUUCCAGCAGGCGAUACGCGAGAAGCCCGACAUCUUCGUCGUCGUCGGCCACGUCGGCCUGCGCAUGCCCGAGUUCCGCCAGAUCUUCACCGCCAUCCGCAAGCAGAACUGGUUCGUGCCCGUCGCCUUCUUCGGCGGGCACGCGCACGUGCGCGACGCCGUCAAGUACGACUCGCGCGCCUACGCCGUGGCUAGCGGGCGCUACUUUGAGACCAUCGGCUGGAUGUCGCUCGACGGCCUGCUAAAGAACUCGGAGCAGGCCGGCGUCCCGCUCACCUUCCAGCGCCGCUACAUCGACAACAACCUGCUCGGCCUCUACCACCACACGGGUCUGGACCAGAAGACGUUCCCGACCAAGAAGGGCCAGCAGGUCUCGGCCAUGAUCACGGCCGCCCGGUCCGAGCUCGGCCUCGACGACCGCUACGGCUGCGCCCCGCGCGACCUGUGGAUGAACCGCGCCCCCUACCCGAGCAACGACAGCGUCUACACCUGGCUCGAGACCGAGGUACUGCCGGCCGUGGCCGUCCGCGAGGACCGGAAGGAUGUGCCCCGCCUCGCCAUCCUCAACACGGGCGGGAUCCGCUUCGACGUCUUCAAGGGCGCCUUCACCCGCGACUCGACCCUCAUCGUCAGCCCCUUCAUCAGCGGCCUCAACUACGUGCGCGAUGUGCCCUACGCCGUCGCCCAAAAGGUCAUCACGCUCCUCAACUCGGGCGGGCCCAUCCUCUCGGGCGCCGACGCCGGCCUGGACGCCCGGUUCAUGGCCGCGCCCGAGCAGUGGAACCUAGAGAGGCAGAACGUCGUCGUCGUAUCGUCCGAGCAGGACGGCGAGUCUACAGCGCGCACCACGUUCUUCGAUGAUAGCCAAAAGCCGCUCGGCAGCAGCGACAAGGGCCACCACCACGCAAAGCCGGACCUCGUGGGCGGCUACACGACCAAGGACGACAUAUCGGACGACGGCGACGACGCCGUGCACUCGCCCCUGUCCUUCUACCGCGUGCCCAACUGCGUUCAGGCCGAGAUCGCCUUCCCGCAACCCGACGGCGAGAGCAAGAAGCCGCUGCCCGAGACGGUCGACCUGGUCUUCAUAGACUUCAUCCAGAAGUGGGUGCUGCUGGCGCUCAAGUUCGCCGGCGGCGAGUACGGCCCGGAAGACGUGGCCGUCUAUCGCAAUGGCACCUUUUCCGAAAUGAUGGCUGGCUGGAUCAAGGAGAACUGGAAGGGAGAUUGUUAAUGUGGGUUGAAUAUCUUGUGUGUGUGCGGGCUUGUUAUUUCUUACCUAGACUAUAUAAAUUGUAUCUAGCGUGACGAUUUUAGUAUUUGUUAACGGCCUGGCUGUGCCGCCUCAUUUUGGAA